GCAGUGAUCUAUGUCUCCAUAAUGAAGUGGUGUGGAUGAUAGUGUUAGCCAGUGACAGGUUAGGAGAAGGAGUGCUGGAUGGAUGCUGAGCACUUCCCAUUCAGCAGCAGCAGCAGCAUCACACAGCAGGGCUCAGCUCCCUCCCCUCCCGAGUGAAGUGCAGCCAGGUCCCAGAGUGAUCGGUGCCGGCUGGAGUGACAGGAGGGCUGGGCUAGGCUCUCAAUGUACACACAUAGAGCUUCUCUACUGCACACCUUCAUCGGGACUGGGGGAUCAUACAGCAGCCAAGCGCAGCCUCCCAACGCCGGGGAUAGGCACACAAUAUGACAGCCAGCAGAUGAAGGAACUACUCUGCUCCGCUCACCCGACACCACUCUGCUCCGCUCACCCGACACUACUCUGCUCCGCUCACCCGACACUACUCUGCUCCGCUCACCCGACACCACUCUGCUCCGCUCACCCGACACUACUCUGCUCCGCUCACCCGACACCACUCUGCUCCGCUAACCCAGCGCAGCUCUUCCACUGAGCCGACAGCACUCUCCUCUGCUGACCCGACAGCACUCUCCUCUGCUGAGCCGACACCACUCUCCUCUGCUGACCCGACAGCACUCUCCAGCGCUGGAUGCACAAGUUUGGGGAGCACUUUGGACCAAGUCAGCUCUGUUCUCACAGGAGAAGGAUUCCUCUCCCUGAUCUGCCAUGGUGACAAGGAAAAAAAGCCAAGUGACACUUCCCAUGUCGGAUAUGUGACCAUGACUUGGAUUGUGUCGGGACAUCAUGUACUGAGUAGACCUUCCAAUGGACAGUGUGUGGUCAUAGAGAAGAUCUCUGCCUUCUAAAACUUCCUAAUCCUUCCAAGCACUGAUCUCUUUAUUUUUUAUUUUUUUAUUAUUGGAUUUGGGAUCACCAAUGUGGAUCUUUUACUAUGUAAAUAUGGGGUUUCUGCUGCCACUCCUGAUGUGUGGAUUGUUAUAUCAGGUUCUUGGAUCUCGUCUCCGCCAGGAAGACUUUGCUCCUCGGAUAGUGGAACAUCCAUCAGAUGUCAUUGUUUCUAAAGGAGAGCCCACAACAUUGAACUGUAAAGCAGAAGGUAGACCAGUACCCACCAUAGAAUGGUACAAAGACCUUGAGCGGGUAGAGACAGAUAAAGAUGACCCACGCUCCCACCGAAUGCUGCUCCCCAGCGGAUCUUUAUUUUUCUUACGUAUUGUUCACGGACGUCGGAGUAAGCCAGAUGAGGGGAAUUAUGUAUGCGUUGCACGGAACUACCUUGGAGAAGCCAUGAGUCGUAAUGCGUCACUCGAAGUUGCUUUGCUUCGAGACGACUUUCGACUAAAUCCUACAGAUGUGGUAGUGGCAGCUGGGGAGCCCGCCAUUUUGGAGUGUCAGCCACCUAGAGGACAUCCUGAGCCAACCAUAUACUGGAAGAAGGACAAAGUUCGGAUAGAUGACAGAGACGAGAGGAUUAGCAUUCGAAGUGGAAAACUGAUGCUUUCGAACACAAGAAAAAGUGAUGCAGGAAUGUACACUUGUGUUGGAACUAAUAUGGUGGGAGAAAGAGACAGUGACCCAGCAGAGUUGACAGUGUUUGAACGACCAACGUUUGUCAGAAAGCCAGUUAACCAAGUUGUUUUGGAAGAUGAGACUGUAGAGUUUCGGUGUUCAGUCCUCGGAGAUCCACAGCCAACUGUCCGAUGGAAAAAGGAUGAUGCAGAUUUGCCAAGGGGAAGAUACGACAUCAAGGAUGAUUACACCUUACGGAUUAAGAAGGCAGCCAGCAUCGAUGAAGGCACAUACACAUGCAUUUCUGAAAACCGGGUUGGUAAAAUAGAAGCUGCUGCUACGCUCACAGUAAGAGUUCGCCCUGUUGCUCCUCCUCAGUUUGUUGUCAGGCCCCGUGAUCAGAUUGUAGCUCAGGGCCGGACAGUGACAUUCCCCUGUGAGACUAAGGGCAAUCCACAACCAGCUGUAUUCUGGCAGAAAGAUGGAAGUCAGAAUUUGCUUUUUCCAAAUCAACCCCAGCAACCCAACAGUAGAUAUUCAGUGUCCCCAACUGGAGAUCUAACCAUUUCCAACAUUCAGCGCUCAGAUGCUGGCUUCUACAUUUGCCAGGCUUUGACAGUAGCUGGAAGCAUAUUGGCCAAGGCCCAGCUGGAAGUUACUGAUGUGUUAACGGAUAGACCACCACCAAUAAUCCUUCAAGGUCCAGCCAAUCAGACAUUGGCAGUUGAUGGUACGGCGCUUUUGAAAUGCAAAGCCACGGGCGAGCCCAUGCCAGUUAUCAGCUGGCUAAAAGAAGGAUUUAAUUUUAUGGGAAGAGAUACAAGACUAUCUAUUGUUGAUCAAGGAUCCUUGCAGAUUAAAUCUUUAAAGGCUGCCGAUUCUGGCACUUACACUUGUGUGGCCACAAGUUCUAGCGGAGAGACAAAUUGGAGUUCGGUACUGGAAGUAACAGAAUCUGCUGGUGCCACUGUCAGCAAGAAUUUUGAUAUCAAUGAUUUGCCCGGAUCGCCGUCAAAGCCUCAGGUUACGGAUGUCAGCAAGAACAGCGUCACUUUGUCAUGGCAGCCGGGCACACCAGGGGUCCUGCCUGUGACAUCAUAUAUAAUUGAAGCUUUCAGCCAAUCUGUCAGCAAUAGUUGGCAGACAGUGGCAAAUCAUGUGAAGACCACGCUGUACACGGUGAAAGGCCUGAGACCCAACACAAUAUAUCUUUUCAUGGUGAGAGCAAUCAAUGCUGAAGGCCUAAGUGAUCCCAGCCCGAUGUCAGACCCAGUGCGAACACAAGAUAUAAGCCCAACUGUUCAAGGAGUGGACCAUCGGCAGGUUCAGAAGGAGCUGGGGGAUGUGAUUGUUCGGUUGCAUAAUCCUGUCGUUCUUUCACCUACCACAAUUCAAGUCUCUUGGGCGGUUGAUCGUCAGUCACAGUUCAUACAAGGAUAUCGGGUGAUAUACAGGCAGACGUCAGGUCUGCAGAGUCCAUCUGCGUGGCAGAACCUGGAAGUGAAGGUUCCAGCUGAGCGUGGCACUGUGAUAUCCAACCUGAAAAAGGGGAUUACUUAUGAGAUUAAGGUUCGACCUUAUUUCAAUGAGUUUCAGGGAAUGGAUAGCGAGUCAAAGUCAGCCCGGACAACGGAGGAAGCCCCGAGUGCUGCACCGCAGUCUGUCACUGUUCAGACAGUCGGGAGUAACAAUAGCACAAGUAUCAGCGUCUCCUGGGACCCACCUCCUUCGGAUCACCAGAAUGGAAUUAUUCAAGACUACAGGAUUUGGUGCCUGGGAAAUGAGACAAGGUUUCACAUAAACAAGACUGUAGAUGCGGCAAUUCGCUCAGUGGUGAUUGGUGGACUCUACCCUGGCGUUCAGUACCGGGUUGAAGUGGCAGCAAGUACAAGUGCUGGCACUGGGAUAAAAAGCGAGCCGCAGCAUAUCCUUAUUGGAAACCGUAAUGAAGUUGUCAUCACAGAAAACAACAACAGCAUCACAGAGCAGAUCACAGAUGUUGUAAAGCAACCUGCCUUCAUAGCGGGAAUCGGUGGUGCCUGCUGGGUAAUUCUCAUGGGAUUCAGCAUAUGGCUCUACUGGCGCAGAAAGAAACGAAAGGGACUCAGCAAUUACGCCGUUCAGUCCUUCACCUUUACCCCUGCAGAUUCCCCAGAUACAGGCAUGCACCACAAAGUUGCACUUGGCACAAAGAAGGGGAGCUGGCACAAAGCAGUAACAUUCCAAAGAGGAGAUGGAGGAUUAAUGAGUAAUGGAAGCCGUCCAGGACUUUUAAAUUCCAGUGACCCCAGCUACCCUUGGCUUGCUGACUCCUGGCCAGCGUCCAGUAUGCCAGUGAACAACAGUAACAAUGGACCAAAUGAUCUAGUAAAUUUUGGCUGUGCAGAUGUACUGCCAACAGCUCCAGGACAAGGAGACAAGUCGGCAACCAUGCUGUCUGAUGGAGCCAUUUAUAGCAGCAUUGAUUUUACAACUAAGUCCAGCUAUAACUGCCCAGCACAGACCACACCAUAUGCCACUACACAGAUUCUACAUUCCAACAGCAUCCAUGAGCUGGCGGUCGACUUACCUGACCAGCAGUGGAAAUCAUCUGUUCAGCAGAAGUCCGAACUGACGGGAUUGGGCUACUGUCUUCCUGACCAGGGCAAAGGAAAUAAUGCCUUAAUAUACAUUCCUGACUAUCGUGCUGAGGGAUUGUCAAAUAGAAUGCCACACAACCAGUCACAGGAUUUCAGCACCACCAGCUCACACAACAGUUCUGAGAGAAGUGGCAGCCUUUCAGGGGGAAAAGGAGGGAAGAAAAAGAAAAUCAAGAACAGUACCAAGAAUCACAAAAAUAAUGGAUCUAACUGGGCUAAUGUUCCGCUUCCUCCACCUCCCAUCCAGCCACUACCUGGGACGGAAAUAGAGCAUUACGGUUUAGAACAUCAUGAAACUGGGUAUGACAGUGAUGGGUGGUGUCCACCAUUACCUGUGCAGACAUACUUACACCAAGGCUCCGAUGAUGAGCUGGAAGAAGAUGAUGACAGAGUACCCACACCUCCAGUGCGUGGAGUUGCCUCAUCCCCAGCCAUCUCAUUUGGGCAGCAAUCAACAGCAACACUGACACCAUCACCAAGAGAGGAAAUGCAGCCCAUGUUGCAGGCCCACCUGGAUGAACUGACCAGAGCCUACCAGUUCGAUAUUGCAAAACAGACUUGGCAUUUACAGAGCAAUAACCACCCACCAAUGGCGCCAGUACCUCCAAUGGGAUAUGUCUCUGGAGCAUUUAUCUCAGAGUUGGAGAAGGAUCUUCAUGAUCGUGGAGACGAUGAUAAUGAAGAUGAAAUAAGCAGGCCCCUCAGAGGUCUGGAACAUACUCCAGGUUCUAGUAUGGAUAAUCUGGACAGUUCUGCUACAGGUUCUAUGGUAAAUGGAUGGGGGUCUGCAUCUGAUGAGGAUCGAAUCUUUUCUAGUAGAUCUAGUGUAGUUAGCUCUUCUGAUGACUCAAUAUUUACGAGUGGCAACUUUGCACAGUCACUGGUUGCAGCAGCAGAUAAAGCUGGUUUUACACUCAAUGGAACCAGCCUGUCCAGAGCAGGCAAAAUGCAGUCUUUUUCUCAAAAGCCCAGACCAGCCAGCCCAUUCUCUUCAGAGAGUAAUUCUUCCUCCAUGAAUCCAAGCCAAAGGCCACGGCCUACUAAAAAACACAAGGGAGGCCGCAUCGACCAGCCAUCCUCUCUUCGCAGGGAAGGAAUUGGAGAUGAUCUGCCACCGCCACCAGAGCCUCCACCUUGCCAGAGUUUAAGACAGCAAUUGCCCAGUCAACGUGCACCAGAGAGGAAAGGCAGUUCCCUUGACAGGCACACGUCUAACAUGGACGACACAAAGACUUCUCUGGAACGGCAUGGCAGAACUUCCUUAGAACGGCAGCGACAAACACAGGAAUGGCUUGGCUCCACAGAUCGGCAAAAUAAACAGACAUUUGGAUCAGAUGAAGUGUUAAUGCCAUAUAACAAGCCAAAUUUCCCAUCGCCUGGGGGUCACAGUUCAUCCGGUACAACGUCUUCGAAAGAUUCAACAGGACCAAGAAAAGGCGACAUUAUGAGGGGUCACCAGCGUAAUGCCAUUGAUUUUCUGGACGUAGGAUAUUUGGGGCCACACAGUCAAGGACAGUUUACAGGUGAAUUAUAGUACUGAGAAGCUAUGAUACAAGCUGCUGUAUAGACCACUUGGUCUGGACUGAUGAAAGUCAAGAGGAAACUUAAAAACAGUGCAAUGGACUUUUUCAUUAUUUAUGUACGAUUGGACGGACUGAAAAUGCAAUGUAAAGACACAAAAAAGUCACACAUAUCCACAGACAAUUACUUUUUUUUUCCUUCUCUUAUAUACACACCAUCCACCUUAAAUAUUUCUUGCCAGAAACUACACAAAAGAGGAACAAGGAAUCACCAUCAAGGACAAAAAAAAGCAUUUUGGCUUUGAAUCAAAUUUUCUUUGAUUGCAUUCCUAUGCAAGCUUGCCCUCUUUUGUUCAUAUUAUUAUUAUUCUAAUUGUCUGUCCUUAUUGUUAUAUUGUACUAUAUUGUAUGUGAAUUAAUAGGCUGUCGUGCCAUAUAAAAAAACAAAAAGAAACAAAAAAAAAACAUUUUUUUUGUGUAACAUUCAUGUUUAAAUUUUUGCACUGCAAUUUUUAUUUGACGAUAAGCACAAACCUUACUCCUUGUGACACGGAGAGAUGAGACUGAAUGUGAAUGGAGUUUUCUGUAAUUUAAAACGAACUGCAUAUUGAACACAUGCACAGGUACUGAAUCCCAAUGGGACUAUGUGAUAGGUAUUAUGGAGAAGAUUAAACAAAAAAUUCUGGCAAACAAAAGAUUGGAACAACAAGGAUCUAUAAUAAGCAAUAUGUUUUUUUUCUUGCUUUGAAUAUGGUGAAACUCAAUGUCAUUGUUAUAUGAGAGUAUGAAUACAUGUAUUCACUUGUGGACCUGCAUGUAUGUACAAUAUAUAUUUAUAUAUGCGCAUAUAUUUUUGGAUAUGCACAUAUAUAAGAUACGCACAUUUGUGUAUAUACAUCUAUAUUAUGACUAACAUCUUUUCUGGUUAAUGUUGACUUUUUUGGACUUUGAAUAUUGUCUGGGACAGAAUUGGGAAUAAACUGCCUAUGUACAGUAA